AGCUCUGCUUCUUGCCACUCUUUGCGAGAUACUCUUUUUUUAAGAUAUCUCCCCUCUUAACUAUAUCAUUUAUAUUCAGGACUAGAUGGAUUAUUGAAAUCUCUUAUCAUUCGCCCCCCCACGCUGCGGACGAAGUCCUUUCGUUUACUCCGUACUUUCGCCUCUCGGAGGAGGAAGUACGUAUAGCAUUUAACUCCAUUUAAUACCAUCGAGUGCAGUCCGCAUUGAAUUAUCCCAUGAUGCUUCCUGGAUCUCUACCGUCUCGAUCAAUAGUCGAUGACAGCGAGGAUGUCCCCGUUAACAGGGUACUAUCCUUCAAUGGGCGACUGAACAAGUACUUCCACCGGGUUACCAAGAACGAGAGCAUUCAGAAGACAACAACAACAUCGACCGAGGCCAAGAGCUUAGGCGACGAGAGUAAUACUUCCUCUUCGUCGGAAUCGCUAAAGCGGAAACUCGAACAUGAGGAUAUCCCCAGCUGGCAAGAAGGACGGACUACUCGUUCUCGACCAACAAUGUCAAGAGCGUCAGCUACGAUAACAACCGCAUCGCGCCUAACACGUUCGCGAUCCCAGACAUUAGCUAACUCUCCCUCAUCCCCAUCCUCCUCCUCUUCCUCCAGAUCAUCGAAGACGACAACAAAGAAGAAACGCCCCGCCCGCUCUCCCCUCACGACAUCUACAAUCUCCCCGCCCUCCCUCCUCCGCGACACCAUCCCACCGAACCUAAUCCUCCUUCUCGUGGGUGUCAACCCAGGCCUAAUGACCGGUACAACCGGCUUCGCCUACGCACACCCCUCAAACCUCUUCUGGAAACUGCUCCACUCCUCCGGUAUAACCACGAUCCGCCACCCUCCCAGCGACACAUACCGUCUCCCGGAACUAUACGAGAUCGGAAACACGAAUAUCGUCGAGCGCCCGACGCGGGACGCGAGCAUGCUUACGAAAGCUGAGAUGGAUGCAGGCGUGCCUGUUCUCGAAGCGAAAGUAGCUGCUCAGCGGCCCGAGGCUGUGUGUUUGGUCGGGAAGAGUAUCUGGGAGGCGGUGUGGAGGGUGCGUAAAGGACGGGGGAUUAAGAAGGAGGAGUUUAAAUAUGGCUGGCAGAAUGAGAGUGAGAAUAUGGGCCGUGUUCGCGCCGGGGAUGGUGUCGAAGGGUGGGAUGGGGCACCGGUGUUUGUGGCCACGACCACCAGCGGGCUGGCGGCGGGUAUGACACUGGCAGAAAAGCAGGCUGUCUGGAAUGAGUUGGGAAGAUGGGUCGUUAAGAGGAGGCAGGAGAGGAAAGCUGCUGCUUCGAGCGAGCUUGACAAGGCACUGGACUCUACAGUGGAAGUCACUGAGUGUUCUCCAUCUAACGUAACAACAGACAACGUAGCGAAUCCUACGUGUCAUAAAGUCACCGGGGAACUAACAUCUGACACCACUAUUCUCACAGAGAGUGCAGGAACAGGCGUCUCAAAUACUAACGAAGCUUGACCUCGGUUCGACCGUUCCGCAUAAUAU